CGACUCUUGGCGAUUGCGGACGUUGUGUAUUUAACUAAACUCGGUUAUACGUCAACAAGUUAAACGCUAGUGAAAAGAAACAAAAAAAAUAUUUUUAUCAAACUAAACCCAACCAAAUAAAGAAAGAAAUUUACAAACUUGUUGCUAAUAAAUCUCACUUUACCAAUUUCAAUUCAAAAGUUUUACACACAAAAUAUUCAAUUUAAAUAAAAGUAUAACAAAUAUUUAUUAAUAAUAGGUACGAAUUAAUAUAAAAAUCACAAAGAAGUGGCGUUAAAAAAUUCAAAGAAAAAAUUCUGUGAAAAAAUGUAUAAUUAAAAAUACAAAAAAGUUGUUAUUCGUUGCUGUGUACUCCGAAAGGCAGAUGAAAAGAAGAGUAUGAGAUAUGAUUUUUUGUUCAAAGUUUGAAAAACAAUACAAAAACAAAAUGAGAGAAUCGAACAGGUAAACAAACAACAAUCAGAAAAACAUAAAACAAAAGAGAUGUUUGCAAUACAUGAUUUUUGGCUUCCAUUCACUUAUGUUGUCGUGUUAUGGUGGGGGUGAAAGAGAUGCGUGUGAAACUACUUAAUUUCUGUACUCGAUUCUACAUAAUAAUUCUACAUAAUGAUUCUACAUAAUGAACAAAGUUCUGUCCAAAUGAUCAAGAUUACAUUAAAGGUGCUAAUAGAAUAAUUAAAUUGAUUGACUAAAUAACCAAUCUGUUGUAUGAAAUCACUUCAAGAUUGAUUUAAAAAUAACAACUUAACACCAAUUUAAAAAAUUCAACAUAAUAAAAAAAUCCCAAUAAUGCAGUUUAAUACAAUGGAUCCACAACAAAUGAGUUGUUUUCACUACAUCGUAAUAUUUCUAAUUGCUAUUCAACCGUGGUCAUUGACGACGACACGUUCAGGUUACACAGGAUUAAUGACAGCAGCGGCGUCUGUAAAAUCUCCAGGCGAAAUGGAUCCAGAAUCAUUAUCAAUUUUAAUUGGUGGUAGUGCGAAUAUAACGUGUCGUCUUUCAAAGCCCCAUAGUUCGGAUAUAUGGUUCCUAGAACAAAAAACAAAAUGGCCAAUUAAACAACCAUCCGAUCAAAUAAAGAUAAUUGAUUCAUAUACGGCAAUAUUAAUGAUACAAAAUGCUGUUGAACAAAACAGUCGGUAUCAAUGUAAGGUUGGAGAAUAUGCAAUAGGAGAGUCAGAACUUUUUGUGGGUACAAAACCCCAAAAUGUUACAGAUUUCUCUUGUAUAUCAUAUGAUUAUGAAUAUAUGGAAUGCAGUUUUACGAGACCAAAAAAUAUGAUAUUAACAAAAUUCGAUUUGGAAUACCGACUAGAUAGCUCCAUCCACAGAUGUAUCUGUCAUAAUGGAAAAAAUCAUAAAUUAAAAUGUAACGUAACCGAUUAUUUGCCAAUGAGAGAUAAAUAUUUGUUCACUUUAAAAGGAACAAAUGAUGUUGGUGAAAAUAUACAAACAUUUUUAAUAAACAAUCACAAAAUUGUUAUUCCAUCUGCUGUAGACAUUGUUCAACAAAAUAUUACCAGCCAUAGUAUUACACUUUCUUUGGAGAAACUCAAAAUUUCAUAUUAUAUCGAAAAGGGACUGACGUAUGACAUUCAAAUACGCGACAAUAACAGUAAUUGGCAGACUCCUCAAAUGGGAGAUUUAGAGUGUCAGAAUGGAACGUGUAAUAUAAUUAUAAGUAAUUUGUAUGCAUUUUGGCUGUACUGGAUAAAAGUAAGAGUAAAAUCAAACGCAGUCAACAACGACGAUUUUUGGAGCAAAGAAAAUAUUAUAUCAUUUCGCACGAGAUCGGAGAGGCCGCAUAGAGCUCCUGAAACACCAUUAGGUAGUUUUUACAUCGAUAGCUCUGACACAGAACUGCGUUUGUACUGGGAACAAAUGCCGGAACAUGAACAUAAUGGUCCAGGUUUUCAUUACAUUGUAAAUGAAACAAAUGUAAAUGGUGACAUUAUGCUUAGCACUAAAACAAAGGAAUCUUCCUUAACAUUAGCAUGGAAAAAUGAAAGUAUACAAACAUUUAUUAUCAAAAGCGCAAAUGAUAAUGGCGAAAGCAUUGACCAUAAUGUAAUACGUGUGUAUCGUAGUGCAAGUUCCGAUUACGAACUCAAUGAAAAUAAUAUUGCAAAAGUUUAUCAUAACAGUAGCUACACGUUAUCGUGGAGACCACCACCAAAUGUUGCAGAAUUAUUGAAUUACACAGUGUUUUGGUGUCUUCCGAAAAUUGAAUUACCAAACCAAUGCAGGGGACCAAUUUCGUACAAGUAUUUAGACAAAGGCGCUACUAAUUUCACAACAGAACCGAAAGAUCGCAGUUUAAAUUUGGCAAUAUCAGCCAAUUAUCCACACUACAAUAAAGGCAUGCAAUGGGCUAGAUGUUCAGGUGAUGUUUCGAGCGAACUUAUGAAAAUGGAACUAGAAGUUAAUGCACUUAACGAAAGUGCAGUCCUAGUUAAAUGGAGUUCUGGAAGUGUGUGUGCCUCCAUACUUAAAGGAUAUAACUUGACAUAUUGCCAAGCGUCAGUCGACGAUAAGUGUGUGACAUCUGAAAUUACUGUCGAGCUUUUAAGAGAGGAAAAGGAGUAUCGAAAUUAUACUAUUUCUGAGUUGCCCGCAUACACCAAAGUAUGUCUGAAUAUGUUCAUGUAUUCUUCAAGCAAACAGGGUCGCAUUAGUGACAGGAAUUGUGUUCGAACCAAACAAAUGGCACCAUCCCCACCGAAAAAUAUAAGAUAUAUAAAAAAUAAAGUGACAAGCAAAUCGGCUGAAAUUUACUGGAGCCCACCAGAUUUUAACAAUGGAGUUUUAAGUCACUACUCAAUUUAUUGGCGAAAAUAUCCUGAUCAGACUUUUGAAAAAAAUACAACAUCUAUUGAUCAAACAUCAUACAACUUGACUGGCCUCAGUAGCUAUUCAAACUAUGAAGUCUAUGUUACUGCUCACACUAUCGAAGAAUCAGUUCCCAGUAGGCGAAUCAACUUUACCACUCUUAUCGGAAUUCCAUCCGGUCCACGUAACCUUAACAGUUCCAAAGACGGUGUAAUAUCUUGGGAUCAACCAGAUUUGCCCUCGGGAAGACAUAUAUUUUAUGUAGUUGCUCUUACGUGGAAAGAAGAGAGCAGUAACACUGUAUAUGAACGGGUGUCUAUUGUUAGGGGUCGUAGUUGCCGCUUUAAUAAUCCCUGUUUAAAUUCAAAGAAGGAAUAUACGCUAAGGGUAAGAGCAGUUAAUGUAGGAGAAAAGGAGGAGGUUGAUCGGGAAAUUGUAGCUAUGAAUAAGGAUGCCAUAUUGGCCGGUGCUCCAAUUGACGAGGACUUUUGUCAACUGGAGGCUAAUGACUAUGAGCAAUUUUUUGAUACCAAGACUGUGCCCAUUUUUCACAAUGAUAAUCGCCAGUUUUAUUUUGCCUCCCCUUGGAUUGAUGAUAAGCGAAUUAUUACUUGCUCGGGCAUUUCUGAGGCCUUAAUAUACGCUCUGGCAUUGAUUAUAGUAUUUAUAUUUGCUGCUUAUAUUUCCUGUUGGAUUCGCAACAAAAUUAUUGAUAUGAAAAAUAUUAAAGUGGUUUUACCUGUGGGUUUAGUUCCUGAUUACAACACGCGCAAUGGAUCGGAACUGGGAUCAGCAACAAAAAAAGAAUUCCAUUCGGAUAUAUCUCGUAGUAAUGAUUGUUUGGUGUCGUAUGGCCACAAAGAAAAUCAUAAUUUAAUAACAAAUUUCCAUAGCGGUUCUUCGAAUGCAUUAUCGUCGCUCUCUUCGACAAACAGCUCCAAUGGUCAUCAAAAGGAAGAACAAAUAGGAGAACAUCCUUCACUAGAAACAACUAAUGAAGAAUUAAGUUCCAAUUCCAGUUCUACUACGAAUUCAAAUCACACAUAUCAUGACCAUCAUCAAAUCAAAAGGUUAUCAUCGAUAGACAGUAAUAAUACGAUACCUGCAUCGGGCUGUGACGAAGAGGAGGAGAGAGAGGAAGAAGAUAAUGAUGAAAUCAAUAGUAAGGAGAACGAAAAUGCUCAAAAUUUUACUACACAGCCAUACAAUGGAUAUGUGACACACAAUUCGCAAUUGUUGGCAUCAAUUUUAAAUGCUGGCGAUAGAAAUACCGCAACAGCGCCACAUUUCAACUCAACAUUCCCAACCAUGACUAAUGAUGGUUAUAUUCAACCAAGUGCUGCUAAGCAACUGUUUCAACCAACCUUCUCGCAACAUCACCAGCAACAGCAACCUCCAACUUCAAUAAAUGGCUAUACAUGUAUAGAAUCCUUACAUAAAUUGGCAACUCCAGACGAAACACAUGUUAAUAUUGCAACAUCACAAGGCAUCAUAAACUCACCAGUUUCAAAUACAACUACACUGAAUGGAGUUAAUAUACCAACAACAAAAGUUUCAUCGAAUAUCAUUUCAUCACUACACACAUCACCAUGCAUUACAGACAUACGUGAAUCUCCAAGCGCAGAAUAUAAUAAAGACAACCUGCAGCUAAAUGCCACAACUCUUGUGUCAGCGACAAAUGUAUCACUGCAACCAAAUAAUAACAACAAUACGAUUUAUGGCUACGUAACACAACAACAACUAGCCAACUUUGGAACCAAUGUUGCACUAGGAAAAGAACUGAACACGUAAACUAUUAACACUUAAUCUUAGAACCCACAUUCAUAGUCCUAAUAGGUGGACUUACUUGUUUUUUAAUUGCAAUUGUUUCGAAAUGACUGUAAUUUAUGGUCAUACACACAUACUGUAAGGAUGUGUUAGUGCCAAUAUACUCAUCAGUUUUUAAAAAUAAAAUUAACAAAUAUUUCGUGACUUAUAAUACUGCUGGGCAGGUAGAGACAAAUGUUUAAAUUAUAAUUUUUAUCAAAUAUUAUUUUAUAAAUUUUUUACUUAGUCUGCAAACGCGCCAAUUCCACUUUUUACUGGAAAUUGAGAUUUGAUUUGAAAAAAUCUACUUUACAAUAAAUAUUCCUUCAGUGAGUAAUCCUGUAAAAGCCAACACCGUACAAGACUUAUAAAAGGACUAAGAAUAGUCGAAAACUAAUCCAAAUACAUGAAAAUAAUCAUUAAUUUAUCCAAAGUAUUACAUCAGAGUAAUAUCAAAAUAUUAAAUUUAACUUUAUAGCAAAAAUAGUUUAAUUUUGGAAAACUUGUAAAAAAAUGUUUCAAUUUAUUAAAAAAAUUAAAAUUGAUUUGUUUAACCCCUUUUGAAAUUUAGUGACUUGGUGCGUUUGCAAACUAACCUAACAAAUAUUCUACAUACAUAUGUACAUUAGGGACAUAAAUUUUAUCAAGUCUAAAUAAAUUUUUGGAUAAUGAUAAAGUUAAUUGCAACGAAAUUUUUUACAUUUCCCCAAAAUCAUUUUGUUGAAUAAAAAAACAUUCACAAUUAUAUGUUCAACUAUUGAAUAAUGUAUUAAUAAAAAUAAAUCUUUUCCAAUUUGUUAUCAGAGAAUUUAUAAAAAGUUUGAAAUGUUGUUGCAUAGCAAAAUAUACAUGGAAUAAUAAACUAAGAAUCGGUUUUUUUUAGUUUAAAUAUUAGUUUGUGCUUUUAAGCGCGAAUUUGAUUAUUAAAGAUAUAAGACCAAUCCGAAUAGUUAAUCUAAAAAUAAAUAUGUAUAAUCUUAGAAACACUCCCAGAGGAAAAGAAUGCAGUAACGCGUUGCAUGUAACGUGCUCGCAUUCCUUUGACGCGGGAAUGUGCUGAACAUUAAAACAUAAAGUUAAACAAAAGACUCAAUUUUAUUUGAAAUUUUUUUUACACUUUUCUGUUCAGUUAAAUAUUUAACCUUGUUUUGAAAUUCAAUUGUAAAGUACAUGAAAUUUUGGGUAUCGUUUUCACACAACUCGAUUCCUGGAUAAUUUUUAAACGACCUUCAUGAUCGAGAAAAACUGACUGUACAAACAACAGAUAGAAAAAAACACUAAAGUAGUUCUAAAAACCUUAAAUUAGUUUCAAUAAAUUUGUUUUUAAAUUACUGCACACUUUGAAAAUUUUAAAACAGAUAAUUAGAUAAAUAUUAAAAUUAAAUUAUUAUUAGAUUAACUAAUCCGAGUACAACUGGCGUAAGUUCUUUAAAUUGAAUUUGCAAAAAAAAUAAGAAGCAUAUUUUCCAAACACGCCAAAAUAUCAAAAA